CCUUCCCUCCUCAAAUCUCAUCUCACAUUCUCUCUCUCAUUUCACCAAUACCGUCACUACUGUCACUCUCACUUAACUUAUUACCUCUCUGUUCUUUUCCUUACACACCCAAAAAGCUAAUCAAUAAGGGCCUAUCGCAUUCUAAUUCUUUAACAAACAAGAACACAUUUCAACUAUUUCCAUCUCUCUCCUUAUAGUCUGAGCCAAUCAGAAGUGAAAGAAAAUAAGAGAAGAAAGAGUUAAAAGGUUAGUAGUAAUAGUAGUACAAGUAGUGCUGAAAUAACUUUCCAAUGGCUUCAUCAGCAUCUCCAAACACUUGGGUAAAGCCUAGAAUCCCUUCUUCUUCUUCAGUAAAAAUCAGAAAGCCCGAUUUCAUAAGCUGCUCUCUUCAAGCUCCUUCUCUUCCCCGAAUCCCCAAACAGACUACUGCUACCACCCCUUCCAACCAACCUUCUUCUACUACUGCUACUUCUUCCGUCGCCAUUAAUCAUCGCUCGAAACUCCCAAUUGAAAAGUCUCAAACCUCCUUCGGGUCGGACCUCAAUUUAUUUCAAAAAGUGGCUGCGAUUGCUCUCGACGCUGCCGAGAAUGCUAUAGUGUCCCAAGAACGCAAACACCCUUUACCGAAAACAGCCGACCCAAGAGUUCAAAUCGCUGGAAAUUUUGCUCCUGUGCCUGAAACCCCGGUCGAACACUUCUUACCGGUAGCCGGUAAAAUUCCCAAAUGCAUUGACGGUGUUUACGUGAGGAACGGAGCCAACCCUCAUUACGCGCCGGUAGCCGGUCACCACUUCUUUGACGGCGAUGGAAUGGUUCACGCCGUUCAAUUCAAAGACGGAGCCGUCAGUUACGCCAGCCGAUUCACAGAAACUAACAGGCUUGUCCAGGAGCGAGCCUUGGGUCGCCCGGUUUUUCCCAAAGCCAUCGGCGAACUCCAUGGUCACUCGGGUAUCGCCCGCCUCCUCCUCUUCUACGCCCGAGGAAUGUUUGGGCUCGUCGACCCCACUCAUGGGAUGGGAGUUGCCAACGCUGGACUCGUCUACUUCAACAACCGCCUGCUCGCCAUGUCCGAAGACGACUUGCCUUACCACGUGCAAGUCACUAGCUCUGGUGACUUGAAAACCGUCGGGAGAUACGACUUCGGGAGUCAGCUCAAGUCAACUAUGAUUGCCCACCCGAAAGUCGACCCGGUAUCCGGAGAGCUCUUCGCCCUGAGCUACGACGUCGUUUCAAAGCCUUACCUCAAGUACUUCAAAUUCUCUCCCAACGGAGAAAAGUCCCCUGACGUUGAGAUUCCUCUGCCUCAGCCUACCAUGAUCCACGACUUUGCCAUCACCGAAAACUUCGUCGUCGUCCCAGACCAGCAAGUUGUUUUCAAGUUGCAGGAGAUGAUUCGCGGUGGCUCUCCGGUGAUAUAUGACAAGGAAAAAGUUUCUAGGUUUGGGGUUUUGGACAAGAAUGCCUCUGACGCUUCGGGGAUCAGAUGGGUCGAAGCUCCGGAUUGUUUCUGUUUUCAUCUAUGGAACGCUUGGGAGGAGCCUGAGACCGAUGAGGUUGUAGUAAUCGGGUCCUGCAUGACUCCACCCGACUCCAUUUUCAACGAAUGUGACGAGAGCUUAGAGAGUGUGCUCUCUGAAAUCCGACUCAAUCUCCGAACUGGGAAAUCAACCCGGCGACCCAUUAUCUCUGCUGAUUCGGAACAAGUUAAUCUAGAAGCUGGAAUGGUGAACCGCCACCGGCUAGGGAGGAAAACCCGAUUCGCUUACUUGGCUUUGGCCGAACCUUGGCCUAAAGUUUCUGGCUUCGCAAAGGUUGACCUUUUCACUGGCGAGGUUACCAAGUUCAUGUAUGGCGAUGAAUGUUACGGUGGUGAGCCUAUGUUUCUACCAAAAGACCCCUGUUCGGAGGAAGAAGACGAUGGUUACAUCUUGGCAUUCGUUCAUGAUGAGAAGGAGUGGAAAUCAAAGCUCCAAAUUGUUAAUGCAAUGGAUAUGAAGCUCGAAGCUUCAGUUGAGCUUCCAUCUAGAGUCCCAUACGGUUUCCAUGGCACAUUCAUAAGCUCUAAUGAUUUGGAGAAGCAAGCCUGAACGUCGGUAUAUAUUUAUAUCUCAACUGGGGUGAUCAUAUUAGUCUUGGAUUGGAUCGAUAUUUAUAUAUUUUAUGGUUAUGUAAAAGUCUGCGGUUUGUAGAUUGGUGUUAAGCAGACUCCAGUGGAGACUUACCAGAGGGAUGAUGACAGAUUACGUCCCCGGAAGAUCUCCUCUGUUUUCUUUUCAAUCCCCCCCUUUUUUUUUUCCUUGUAUUAUACACAGUGAGAGGUUUUACAGAACCAGCUUGAAGCUUUUGGGCUGUAGGUAGUUAUGGAGCUCAGCUGGUUUUUGCUUAUUCUUUCACUUUAUUAUGAUUGUGUAUACCAUAAUGUUUGUAAGUACAUAAUUUUAGAAGAAAAAAAAUGGCAUUUCGGUCUUUACAAA